AUGAGUGCCCAUCCUUAUACCUAUAGAUAUAUGGGCCAUGUUAAAAGUUUCGAGAACAUCCUCUUGUCCAAGAAUGCCCCCCAUACUGUGGUCUCUAAUAUCUGUCAUUAUUUGAUAAGUCACAAGCCUGACGCUGGAAGCCCCGACUUAGAGACGCUUUGCAAUUUCCUAAGCGAAGCCAAUGAUAGCCUCACAGAGGUUGCAGAGCCCAUGGAUUACCGGGCUUUGUUCGCUUUCCCAUGGAUCAAGUCCAUUCAAGAAGUCAUAGAUCCCAAUUGUGACAUAUUGACUGCAAAUUUUGAAAUACUCCUUGAUCAUUUUCAAAACUUAGAAGACAGAAGGGGAAAUUACGGAAGAGAAAGGGGACUCCAGGAAGGUCAAAUCGAUAGCUUUUUAACGGUCAAGGGGUUCAAGGACCAUUUAAUUGCGAUGGAAGUCACCCCAAGGUGCAUUGAGAGUAUAGAAGAUGCCUUUCAGAAUAUGGAGGAUAAAAACGACCUUCAAGUCACCGAAAUAUUGGUCGAGGAGAUUCAAAAGAUCAAUCGGGAUAUCACAUCCUAUGAAUUUAUUCCAGAUGAUCGCCGUAACCUAGCAGCGGAUCGACUUAAAGAGUUUGUCGGGUUUCUUCGAGAACAGCCAUGGAACGGCAAAACAGAGAUGACAAGAAGCAUUGAGCGGGCUGAAGGUCAAUUGAGAAGAAUCCAACCCUCACCGUGGGAAAACGAGCAAGCCGCUAUGGGGAAAUGUAUUCUGAAGUUUGAGGAAGUGUUGAAGAAAGCUCAUGUGCCCCAAAAGCUUAUCGACGACUUCAGAGAUUCCAUGGAUACUGCGCAGCACUACCAUAACACUUCCCACUACGAUCAAUUCUUGCUUGAAUUCAGCGAUAUGCUUUCCUUGACAGAAAACAUCACGGAACAGAAUUACGAAGAAGAUUUGCUUCUAUUGAUGUCUUUAAUCGCAUCACGAAUUUCAAACGCUCCAUCUCAAGGUCUGAAUGUGCCAGUAUUCAAGGAGCAGAUCAAUUAG